UUAAAUUACUUCCGGAAUGAUCGAUCGCCACGAUCGAGGUUUUCGAUUUUAUUUUACUUUCGUUUUUAAACAGACAACAGUGAGUGACUGAGGAUUCCUUGACAGUGAAUGUAUUAGAGCUUCGAAAGAUUUUGUCAGUGAUCAGCAUGUCUUUACCGCAUUUGUUAGACAGUUUUGUUACAAGGGCCUGAUAAAAAAAGCAGAAAAUGUCUAGCAGACUGGAUGCUAAUCUUGUGCCUGAUAGCAACAGUGAAAGCAGUGGAGAGAGACAUGUACCAAACGAGUCCGAGUUGAUUACCAGUCAACGUCUUGAAACCUAUAUCAGUCUAGCCGAGACUGAGAGGCAGCGGGUACAGUCGAUUUUCAGUAAUGUUAACGUGGACACCGAGGACUGUAGCCUUGGGAGGGGUGACGAUGCUGCAGAGUUUGUAGUGGUGGACGGUAAAAAACCGGGCCUGGCCCUCCUCCUGGGGUUCGAACAUUUCGACAUUGGGGAGCCACGGCCGGGGGUCGUCAAAGAUCUAUCCAACAUGUACGAACUAUUUCACACACAUCUUGGAUUUGAAGUUCAGGAAAAGAAGGACCUUACAGUUGCCGAGUGUGUGGAUUGGCUUAAGACAGUUACGUCUGAUACAGCUCUUCUACAAAGAGUGUCCUGUGUUGUCAUGGUGAUAAGCUCACACGGCAGUGAGGAUGAGGUUGCUAAGGGUGAAAUUUCCCGUCCAGAAUUACGGAGACAGGAAGUGAAGUAUUACCAGCACAGAAUCGCCACAACUGAUGGAAGUAUCAGAAGCAGCGAGAUCAUCAGUAUGUUUGACGAAAUGAAUUGUCGUGCUCUCAAAGGAAAACCCAAGAUCUUCUUCAUACAAGCUUGUAGAAGUCGAACGAGUGACAGUCAAAAUAUAUUGGAUUUUGUGGACAAAGGCGUGCAGAUCAGUGUCCAAUCAGAUCCAAGCUCGGAGCCGCACCCCUCCACUCAGCAUUCACGCUCCUCGUACAAUAACCCAAUCAUGCAGUGUGGGUUGGAUGAAACAGACUCAGUACCAGAUGCUAAAGCGGUACGCCCCGGAAAUAUAAGAAGCGGACGUAAAAUAUUUGUAGAGUCAUCGGAACGUCUCCGUGCGUCUGUGGAGGAGGAGAUAGUUUUAGCCCCGCCCCCCUGUAUCCAUAACAGCGUCAUUGUCAUGGCCAGUCCUCCAGGCAAGGUGGCUUGGUCGGAGGUGCGAGAUGGAGGCUGGCUGAUUAUGGGGCUGUACAAGGUGCUGAUGCAGUACGUGGACAACCGACACAAAAUACGACUCACCAGGGCGAUCACCAGGAUCAACCAUCUGAUAGCUCUGACAAUGCACACCAUCACAAGCGAUCCCAGUCUCAACUUCAUGAAAUGCAUGCCUGUCAUGUCACAUACGCUGGAGAGGGACAUUGUCUUGGUGCCGAAAAACAUUCAGUGAAACUGUUAUUCAGUGAAACCUUCCUUUCUAAUUAACAUAUCUCCAGCCAAAUCCUUCCAACACAAACAUAACAAGUAUUGGAAAAACAUUUCAAGCUAAAUGAUUAUAAUGUUUUGAGUUGUGGACCUCGGUUUUUUGCUUCUUCACAGAAAUUCCUUUUUGUUUGCAUCAACUUGCAAUAGCAUUUUGAUGGAAUAUAUUGGAAUAAAUCACAAAAGGCAUAAAGAAUGGCCAGGAAUUUGGUAGUAGGGUGGACUUUUGACAAGUUAAUACUGUAAAGUCCAGAGACUAACAUACCGGUAAAUUAGUACUGUCACAUAAAUUAUAUUUUAUGCAUUUUUCAUUAGUUUUGAUUGUUCAGAAAGUAAGUACCGGUAUCCAUAUUCUAUAAUAUCAAGGAAAUAAAAGGAAUGAGCAAAUACCGUAAUUAAUAAAUAUACAAGUACCUGCAAUGUUCUGCUUGUAUUACCUUUUAGGUCUGUUACUGACUAACUAUGGAAAUAUAUCUGGUUGAUCAAUCUCAUAGCCAGCGAGGGGAAGCCAAGUUUUCUAUGAGAUUGAUCAACUCAAUAUAGAAAGUAAUAUUUUAACAAUAUAUUAAAUAUUAAUAUUGUCAAGAGGAUAUUCCAACCAUUUCAAUAAAUCGCUUCUGAUUCGUAGAUAAGUUGACAGCGACAUAAAUAAACCUUCACAGGCUCCAAGACAUGGUGAUGUCAUAACAGGCAUUCAAUCAAGGCAAUUUAACAACAGUUCACUAGCAUUACGUGAACUAGCAUUUGUGAAUAAUUGAGGACUACAAACAGGUAGAACAUCAGUCAAGAACUUCUUACACAAGAGACAAUUACAUCACAUCCAUUUUUAACAUAUACUUUUUUGCACCCAAGAAAACUAACUAUGAACAACUGAAGAAUAUCAACCAUUUUUGCUUACUAUGCAACUGAAUAAUGUAUGGAAUAGUUUGUGAUACGGUACUUGAAUUGAUUACAUUGUAUUUAUUGUCAUGCACUGCAUAUUGUAGAUGAUUCUACCUUUUACUGUACAUCAGGGUUAGAUCACUAACAACCCUCAAACAGCAUAAAAUCACUCUGGGAUAUUUAGCUACAGAAUAUAGUAUCUUUGUGUAGAAAUUCAGUUGUACAAUUUAGCUACAGAACUGUACCUUUGUGUAGAAAAUUCAGUUCAGUCUUUUAAUAGAGCCUAAAGUCUGUACAUGCAAAAAAUGGUGUGAAUAUUGGAUUUAUUUCCAUAAUCUUUUAAUGCCCAAUCUUGACAAUUCAUUGUUUAAUUUUUCAAUAUUGAGUUUAUCUGUUUUCUAGUUUCAUAAAUUCUUUUUAAACACCUUGUUAGUCUUAAAAAAUUGAGGCAUGUUAAACUUACAAUGUAUGUGUGAUUAACAGCUGUAAAAACAUGAUAAACACAUCACUCAUCUCCACCUUAUAAGGUUGAUUGGUAAGGCAAGGAAAAUGACAUCAGUAGUAAAAUGUCUUCAGUGCUGAACUAGGUUCUUAUCCACUAUACUAUUUAUGUUAUGAAAACAUGUUUAAAUACUAUAUCAGAUUAAGAAAUAUGGAAUCAAAUACCACAUUUAAUAAUGCACUUUUAGUAUCAGCUUUUAAAGAAGACAAAGAGUUAGAUUCGAAAAAGAGUUAUACUUCAUGGCAAAACAAGAUUUUUAAUCUCCAACAGAAACUAAACUUAACGUCUUUAGACAUUUUCCAUAUGGAUUUGAGGUUUAAGUUAAAUAAAUUUUUUGUUGAUAUGAUCUUUGAGAAAUUGAACAAAAUCUCAUCCUCUAACUCAGGAAAACUUCAUUUUUACAGUAAUAUAUUAAAUACUAACGAGUACAAGUUGCAAGAUUACUUAAAGUUUUCUUUGAAAAAGCUUGAAAGAUCCCAGCUAACAAGAUUAAGAAUAAGUGCACAUUUGUUAUUCAUUGAAACAGGUAGAUAUUGUAAACCAAUUAUCCCAAAGGAAAAACGUUUAUGCUAUGCUUGUAAAUUAUUAGUUGAAAAUGAAAAACAUUUUGUACAUUACUGUCUUGUGUAUGACAAUCUUUGAUUUCAUUAUUGUGAUAUUUUCAAUGAUAAAUUGUAGUGUGGUAUUGAUCCCAUAAAAGGAAUUGUUAAUUCAUGCGAUUAUAAUACUACAAAACGUUUAUGUAUCUACUUGGAUAAAUGUUUUAUGCAGUGAAAACAGUUCCAGGGACUAUGAAGUAUUGUAUAAAACUAUCUUGCAUGCGGUAGCCUUUAUGUUAUAAUUUUUUUUUGUCUGUCAUUUGAUUUCAUUUUGACCGUAUGCCAACAUGGUGAUGUCAAUAAACCAUUGAAUUGAAUUGAAAAUGUCUUUAUAAAAAAAAAUUGAGUAUAAAAUGGAAAUAAGUAAAGAAAAAUUAUAUUUUUGUACUAAAUACAUUUCAUUUUUUUAUUUACUGAUUAGAAGCUCUUUCAAAACAUGUAACUUCCCCAAGAGCUACAUUUCUGCAACCAAAAGGCAGCACAGGUACUAACAUUGUAAAGUGAGGACCCCAUAUACAUGUAUAUCAACAUUUGUAUAAUCAUAUAGUCAUACACUUUAUACAUUGCUGAUUACAGAGUUAAGACAUCAGCUUCAAGUAAUUUAAGAAUGUCUAAUGACAAUACUGGAGUGACUGAAAAAUAAUAAACAACAUUUGUGUAGUGGCAUCUUUAUAUAUUUUGUUUAUUGUAAGCUUUUAUACUGUAAAUGCAUAGAUUUAUUUAACAUUUUGUAAUGAUCUAACAAUAAAACUGACAAAACAUAA